ACUAUAAAAGCAAUCCGUAAUGCCCUGGCCGGUCGUUCUCAUUUGAAAACAUUUCGCAAAAUGAAAUGUUCCAAGCGGCCGGUUGUUCUCAUAGCCCGCGAUUAUUGUGACCUGUGACAGAAGUAACCACUGACGUCACCUGUUAUAGCUCAGUUAUAUAGCUCAGUGGAAGUAACUCAAUAAAAAGUAAGAUGGCGGAAGGAAAUAUACGAAAUAACGAUUGGGAAAAUGACGACGAUUUAAAGUCUUUUCUAGAGAAAAAUGUUAUGCAAAAUCUAUCACGUAGAGAGAUUUUGGAUUUUGUCCGCCGAGAUUUUCCGCAGUACGCGUGGAGCUUAGGAACAUUAAGCAGACGUUUGAAGUUUUAUUAUAUCAAGUACGUUCGGUAUGAUACACCACUCGAAGACGUGGAAAGGGCAGUGCGUCAAGAGAUAGAGGGUCCAGGACAAUUGUUGGGUUAUCGGGCGAUGCAGCGAAAAAUAAGAGAGCAACAUAACUUAGCUGUACCCCGAGACCUAGUACACGACAUAAUGGGUUAUGUCGAUCCAGAAGGGCUGGAACGCCGCGGGAACGUUGGGGAAAAAAAACGACGAAGAGGUGCCACCGGUACUUUUACAUCAUUGGGAUCCAAUCAUACCCAUUCAGCAGAUGGGCAUGAUAAGCUCAUGGGCUUUAUGAAUGGCACCUUUCCUCUUGCCGUAUAUGGGCUACAAGACGUGUUUAGCAACUAUAUUAUAUAUUUGAAGCUUUGGACAUCAAACUCAGACCCAAAACUGGUGGGACGAUGGUACCUAGAACAAUUAUACAGAUCAAGAGUAAUAAGUAAUCACUUGAGGCUUGACAAGGGAACUGAAACAGGUCAUAUGGCCACUAUCCAUGCAUUUCUAAGGCAGCAUCAAGAUGAAGAAUAUAAUGUAAAUGGUGAGGACACUGUACAUUAUGGGCCAUCAACCAACAACAAGAUUGAACGCUGGUGGCGCGAGUUGCACCAUCGUCUCGAGAAGUAUUUCAAGAGACAGUUACUAAUGUUAUUAGAACAAGGCCACUAUGAUCAGCACAAUCAAACUGAUAGAGAUUUGUUGGCAUUUGUUUAUAUACCAAUAAUUGGAAAAGAACUGGAGGUGUUCAGAGAAACUAUAUGGAAUUCACAUAGAGUAAGAUGCCAAAAGGAAGCUCAGUUACCCAAGGGAAUACCAAAACAUUUAUAUGCAUUUCCUGAGCAAUAUGAAGCCGAGCAAUGUGGUUUCAGUGUAAGAAAAGAAAUACUUGAUGAGGCAGCCAAUCUCUCUGAAGUCAUGAGUGUUGGGGAUGAUUAUUUAACUCAUGCUGUACGAGAAGAAUGUGAAAGAAUUAUACCUGCAAUUGAUGAUGUAAAGCCAAAUGAUGCUGCAACAGCUUAUUUAUUUCUGAAGGCACAUUACAAUGUGCCAUCAGCCAGUUUAUCAGAAGUUAGUGAGAGCACCUGAUAUAGAGCCUGCAUGCUGUCCAUUCAAGUCUACAAAAAUGCUACAAAUGUACACAAAUAGCAACUCUAUAGUGAUUUUUUUGAACAAUAAUAGUAUAUUUGUAAAAAGACAAGGAAUGGGAAGACUUCCAUCCUGAGCAACAUAAGAAAUAUUACAGCUUGCAAUCUAUAAAUAUUAACCAAAAUUUAAGUGUUUUACUGUCUUUACAUGUAUGGCAGUAGAACAGUGCUUUGUGUUUUAAUAACGUGAAGUAACACCUGGAUGGGGACAGGUUUUUUCAAUGUAGGAUUGCGAGUUAGACACUGCCAACUUUCAGAAUAGUAUCUGUCCAAACCUUUUUGCUCAUCAGCUGCUGGUAUUAAGUUCAUUGAUCAUAUUGCAAAACUUGUUGCAGAUGUGUGCAUCCAGAAAUUCUUCAAUACUUAUAAAGGAAAUAUUGCCACAGCAAAAGUAAGCUUCACCACUCUCUGCACGUAAUUCACUAGUGGCAAUUUCUGGGUCAUAAAGGUGGUAACCUGAACCCUGAAGAUCAACAAGCAUGAGUUUCUUGGAACUUUGAAUGUGAGAAUAAUGCACUAGGCAUUCAGCCUUGUCAAUAAUUGUCAUCAUGUCAGCACUGCAAACCUAUUUACAAAUAUAGAAGCUAUAGUCAUAUGUACUAUAUGUUGUAUAUUUUUAGACUUUUAGUAUAUAAAGAAAUGUGUUUGAGUACUCUGUAUUUUGCCAUUGAACAUCUACACAUGUUAAUCUCAUAAUAUAACAUAAUAUAUAUAUGCAUGUAACUACAUCAUGACAGUUGGCAAAUUCACUAAAAAAUAAAGUAAUGUAACCAACCUCAGGU